AUGCAGCAAAAAAAAAUAUCAGCCGAUACGGGGGACACAAAUGGGAGCCAAGCUGAAGCUAAUAGAACCAACUUUUUCCAAGAGGAUACUGUGGAACUUAUGAAAACAAUAGAAGUACAUUCAUCUAAUAAAGGACAACAUACGAAUCAUACUACAAAAGAAAAAAUAUUAAAAUGUGAAAUUUGUGAACGCACACUGGGGAAAAACCUUACAAGUGUGAAAUUUUGUUUUAAGCAGUUUAGCGAAGCAAAAACUUUGAAAAAACAUUUACUGGUGCACACUGGGGAAAAACCUUACAAGUGUGAAAUUUGUUUUAAGCAAUUUACCGAAGCAAAAACUUUGAAAAAACAUUUACUAGUGCACACUGGAGAAAAGCCUUACAAGUGUGAAAUUUGUUUUAAGCAGUUUAGAACAGCACGAUCUUUAAAAGGGCACAUAAGAACGCACACUGGGGAAAAACCUUACAAGUGUGAAAUUUGUUUUAAACAGUUUACUCUAGAAGGUACUUUUAAAGAUCAUGUCAGAUUACACACUGGAGAAAAGCCUCACAAGUGUGAAAUUUGUUUCAAGCGGUUUACCCAAGGUGGUACUUUAAGAAAACAUUUGAGACUGCACACUGGGGAAAAACCUUAUAAGUGUGACAUUUGUUUUAGGCAAUUUCGCGCAGCACACUCUUUAAAACAGCAUUUAAAAACGCACUCUGAAGUAAGACACACGCCUUACAAGUGUGAAAUUUGUUUUAAGCAGUUUAACCAAACCUUUGCUUUGAAAACACAUUUUAGAGUGCACACUGGAGAAAAGCCUUACCAGUGUGAAAUUUGUUUAAAGAGGUUUAUUAAAAUAGGGGAUAAGCAAAUACAUUUGAGAGAACAUACAGGAGCAAAGCCUUAUAAGUGUGAAAUUUGUUUUAAGUCAUUUCGUAUUUUAGCAGGUUUAAAAAUUCAUUUAAAACGACACACUGGAGAAAUGCCCCACGAGUGUCAAAUUUGUUUAAAGAGGUUUGUUGAAAUGGGGGGUUUGAGAAGACAUUUCAGAACACAUACAGGAGAAAAACCUUACAAGUGUGAAGUUUGUUUCAAACAGUUUAGUCAAAAAUUCAAGGUGAAAGUACAUAUGAGAACACAUACUGGAGAAAAGCCUUACAAGUGUGAAGUUUGUUUCAAACAAUUUAGAUUUAGCAAUAUUUUGAAAACGCAUUUGAGUAUACACACUAGAAAAGCCGUAAAAGUGUGAAAUUUGUUAUAAGCAGUUUAUUUCAGCAACUAUUUUGAAAUGUACAUAGAUUAGACAUAUAAGAUUGUAUAUACACUGUAAAAAACUCUGUAUGCAAUUUGCUUUUUUCCCAUAAAAAUAAUUUGAACAAA